ACCAAUUUUUUCCUUUCUUGACAUCUCGCUUCCUAUUGGCUCCAAGGAGGUCAGCUGACUUUGUCAUUUUGUCUGUCCUGGAGUGGAGCCGUCCCUAUAACAAUCUAGUUCAGACUACAAACUGGAGCGAGAAAUAAAUAUUAAAGAAAUCUUACAGGCAGGUAAAGCAGAAGAUAUGAAUUCCUAUUUCACGAAUCCUUCUUUAUCCUGCCAUUUAGCCAGUGGCCAAGAGGUCAUUCCAAAUGUGGCCCUUAAUUCAACUGCCUAUGACCCUGUUAGGCAUUUUUCAACUUAUGGGGCUGCGGUUGCUCAAAAUAGGAUCUACUCCUCUCCAUUCUAUACCCCGCAAGAUAAUGUGGUUUUUAGCUCCAGUCGAAGUCCUUAUGAGUAUGGAUCUAAUGCAUUUUAUCAGGACAAGGAUAUGCUAACUAGCUGCAGACAGAACUCAAUGGGACACAAUACACAGACUUCAAUUGCACAGGAUUUUAACAGUGAUCAGACCAGAGCCACUGCACAGGAUCAGAAAACUAGCAUUCAGAUCUACCCGUGGAUGCAACGCAUGAAUUCUCAUAGUGUCUGUCUUGUGUCUGAAUCCCUAGGGGUGGGCUAUGGAACGGAUAGAAGGAGAGGUCGCCAGAUCUACUCUCGCUACCAAACCCUUGAACUGGAGAAAGAAUUUCACUUCAAUCGCUAUCUGACCAGGCGCAGGAGGAUUGAGAUCGCCAAUGCACUAUGCUUAACGGAGCGUCAAAUCAAAAUCUGGUUUCAGAACAGGAGAAUGAAAUGGAAAAAAGAGAGUAACCUAACUUCAACCCUGUCUGGGGGCAGUGGUGGAGCUGAUAGCCUGGCCGGGGGUAAGGAGGAGAAACGAGAAGAGACAGAAGAACAACCCAAAGAAUGAAAGGGGGUACCUCCAGUCAUGAGCCCCCUCUGUCCCCCCUGUCUGUACUCCCCCACCUUCCUUGGGCUGGCAGCAGUGCAAUGGAUGGGCUGCAUGGUGGGACUUAACCUGAUCAACACAACAUCUCUUUCCAGAGCCAAAAGUGGACUAUAUACAUUGACAGAAACAAACACACCGUGCAUUGUGAUAGCUUUUUUUGGCCAGCCAAAUAUUCUCUGUGUUCCUAUGGCUGUGAGUCUGUAUGUCAUGAUUCUACACCAACUUUUGACUAAAGACUGUGUUUUCAGAGUCACACAUUUCCCUGUAAACAAAACAUUUGCCUGCAACAAAGGGACAAGCCUUUGCCAGACUUUGCCUGUGUGUGUAUGUAUUGAAGGGACAGAGACCCUGCACAAAAUGAAAUUUCAACAGAAGUCAAGCACUCCCUAAGAUAUAUCCCUUGUCUUCUGAUCCAUAUGCCUUUGCCACUUUAAUGGCAAAGAAAUCCUCCCUCCUCCUUCCUUCAAGAAAUAGCCUGGCUGUGUUUAAAAUCCAUACUUUUGGGUCAUCUCCCAUGCUCCAUACUGUGACAGAUGUGUGGACUUUUAUUUCUCAAUGUGAUCGUGGUGUCAGUAUUUAUAAAUUUCUGUUAGCACUGCAAUGUUCAAUAAAAUAAAAAUGUAGCAAGUUAAAUGAAAUUCCAUAGCUGUAGAAUAUGGUUCCAAUUGUGUUUCACUGAUUAUGUAUAAAGGUCACGUCCUAUGGACAA